UCCGAAGGUAGCAGCAUCAGUUCAGCAGAACCAAUCCAAUUCAGAAGAUGAAAACAAGCUAGUUUUCCAAGCUCCUGUGUUUUACACUCUCGUGCCUAAGUGCAUCUUCCUUAACAAAAACAUAAAAAGAUCCUUAAAAAUUACGCUUCACUAAGCGAAAAAGUUAGAAAGUUUAAGAAAAGUUUAAAUCCCAGUUCAAGCUACUACUCCGCUUACCUACUUGCUUAAUCAAGUCAUCGUGUGUGAAUUUAUACCAGUGUUAAUUGUGUCGCCGUUGUGUUGCCUUUAGUCAACUCAUCUUUCUUGAAGUUUAUCAGCCUGUGUCUAUCUAACAUACCAACAAAAUGCCUCAGCUCAUCGAACAGUACACACCACUCCCGACCACCCUGGGAUGCAGCCCGAAGCUAAAGACGCUGCCCAAGAACCUGUACAACCAUCUGCGCGGCUUCCCGGUCGUCAAUGGGGAGGUGUCGCUGCUGUCGGACAAGGUGCGCCGCUUCGUGGAGGAAUCGGCCGCCAUGUGCCAGCCGGACCGUAUCCACAUCGUGGACGGCAGUGAGAGCGAAAGCAGCACGCUGCUGAAAACGCUGCACAGCCAGGGCACGAUCAAGCCGCUACCCAAGUACGACAACUGCUGGCUGGCUCGCACCAACCCGGCCGAUGUGGCGCGCGUCGAAUCGAAGACGUUCAUCUGCACCGAGCGGCCGGAGCAGGCCAUCCCGACGCCGAAGCCGGGCGUGAACGGUGCCCUCGGCAACUGGAUCUCGCCCGCCGACUACGAUCGCGCGAUCAUGAGCCGCUUCCCGGGCUGCAUGAAGGGCCGCACCAUGUUUGUCGUCCCGUUCUCGAUGGGUCCGAUCGCAUCGCCGCUGUCGAAGAUCGGCAUCGAAAUCACCGACUCGGCGUACGUCGUGGCGUCGAUGCGCAUCAUGACGCGCAUGGGCGCGGAAGUGCUGGACAAGCUGUCCGACAACUCGGACUUCAUCCGGUGUCUGCACUCGGUUGGCACACCCGCCAACGGUAAGAUCGCGGUGCCGUCGUGGCCGUGCGAUCCCGAGCGUACCAUCAUUCUGCACAAACCGGCCAACAACGAGAUCGUUUCGUACGGUUCCGGUUACGGUGGCAACUCGCUGCUCGGCAAGAAAUGCUUUGCCCUGCGCAUCGGUAGCACCAUCGCCCAGCGGGAAGGCUGGCUGGCGGAGCACAUGCUGAUCCUGGGCAUCACCGAUCCGAACGGUGUGAAGAAAUACAUCGCGGCCGCGUUCCCGUCGGCCUGCGGCAAGACGAAUCUCGCCAUGAUGAACCCCACGCUGCCGGGCUACAAGAUCGAGUGUGUCGGCGAUGACAUCGCCUGGAUGAAGUUCGACUCCAAGGGCCAGCUGCGCGCCAUCAAUCCGGAAAAUGGUUUCUUCGGCGUUGCUCCCGGCACCUCGUCCGAAACGAAUCCGAACGCGAUGGAGACGAUCUACAAGAACACGAUCUUCACGAACGUUGCGUCCACCUCGGACGGUGGCGUGUUCUGGGAGGGCAUGGAGAAGGAGGUGUCCUCGGAUGUCGAAAUCACCGACUGGCUGGGCAACCCGUGGAAGCUGGGUGAGUCGAAGACUCCGGCCGCCCACCCUAACUCGCGCUUCUGUGCACCCGCCGGCCAGUGUCCGAUCAUCGAUCCGGCGUGGGAAGACUCGGAGGGUGUCCCGAUCUCGGCCAUCCUGUUCGGUGGCCGCCGUCCCCAGGGUGUGCCGCUGGUGUACGAGGCCAACUCGUGGUCGCACGGUGUGUUCGUUGGCUCGUCGAUGCGUAGCGAAAGUACGGCGGCCGCGGAACACAAGGCCAAGGUCAUCAUGAACGAUCCGUUCGCGAUGCGGCCAUUCUUCGGCUACAACUUCGGUGACUAUCUGAAGCACUGGCUGAGCAUGGAGCAGCGGGCCAGUGCGGCCGGUGGCCAUGCGCCCAAGAUCUUCCAUGUCAACUGGUUCCGCAAGGAUGCGAACGGCAAGUUCCUGUGGCCCGGAUUCGGCGAGAACAGCCGCGUGCUGGAGUGGAUCCUGCACCGUAUCGAUGACGCCGACUGCUACCGGGAGACGCCGAUUGGCCGUGUGCCGACGGAAGGUUCGCUCAAUCUGGACGGUUUGAGCAGCCCGGUCAACGAGCGGGAACUGUUUUCCAUUCCAAAGGACUUCUGGCUGCGGGAGGUGGAAGAGGUGAAGCAGUACUACGACAACCAGCUGCCCCAGGAUCUGCCGGCGGAGAUUGCCUCCGAGCUGGAGCAGCUGAAGAGUCGCAUUGAGAAGAUGUAAUGCGCAUUGCACUGAUUGAAUGACAAAACAAAAAACCAAGACACAAACCACUAAUAGAUAAGUGAAACAGACAGGAAUUAGGUAGCUCUACCAAAGGCAGGGUUUAUUGACCAGGGCCGCCGAAUGGGCUGACGCAAAAAGCUAGGCGAAGUCAGACGCGAGUCAGGAGUGUUUAGGUGUAGAUAUUUUGUAUUAAACAAUGUAGGGCACAUAGUAACGUAAGCCACUAUAGUAAGUAUUGUGAUAGACGCUGUAAGAAGAAGAAGCAUAAGGAGAAGAAGAAUAAAUGGAGUGGGCUUGGUUUUACGAAAACACAAGCCCACCAAUCUGCUAAUAAGGAGCACACAACACAAAUGUACGUAAGCUAAGAAGAUUAAAAAUAAAACAAAAAAUACAACAAUUUA